AUGGCCGGAACUGGUCGUACGCGCCGGCGCCAGCAGGAAUGUCGAAUAUAUAUACUGUCUUAUUCAUCUAUUUUCCCUGUAACAGGAACUCAAUGGCUUCAUAGCCGAGUGGAAGUAAAUGGGUACGAAGAAUAUAGUGGCCGUGAAUACAGAUCACCUGGAUGUACCGAGUAUUAUUCAGUUAUUGAACGGGAUCUGAAACAGGAAGGGGAGUUGGAGUCUCUGAAGCUGGAAGGUGAUAUAGGUGGAGGAUUAGUUAUGGAACGAUACAUAUCUUUGCCAAAAGACAACGCCAAGGUUUUCCGCAUUGAUUCUGGAAUUGCAGCUCGCGGAGUUGGUGCUGGUUCUGGAGGAUUUUCUAGGCUUGUGUGCUUGCGUGUGCAUCCAAUGUUCUCGUUGUUGCACCCAACGGAAUCAUAUGUGUCCUUUACCUCCAUCAAUGGGUCCAAGCAUGAACUUUGGCCAGAAUCUGGAGAACAAGUGUUUGAAGGAGAUCUUCGCCCAAAGGGUGAAUGGAUGCUUGUUAAUAGAUGUCUUGGUCUGGGGCUAGUCAAUCGGUUCAAGAUUGAUCAAGCAUACAAAUGUAUGGUGCAUUGGGGUACGGGAACAGUGAAUUUAGAGCUCUGGUCUGAAGAGAGGCCCGUCUCAAAGGAAUCGCCUCUUAAAAUAUCUCACGAGUACGAAGUGCAAAAAAUAGCCUAAAACUCUCAUCUGCAUUUAGAAUUUGUGAGCCACAUGACCGAGUAGUUCAAUGUGCUCAUUCUGCAUUUUCUGAAGCCUGAAGAACAGUUGACAUUUUCGCAAGCUAUGUGGAUGGAAUAAAGACUAUAAAAAUUGACUCGACGUCAUCCUCACCUUCCUCAAUGAUCCAACUAAACAUGACUAAAUAGAGUUUUCCUAAAUAACCUUGCUAGUCGGGGGAAGACCUGUAUAUAAUCGCGGAAUGUCAUUAGUUUCGGUGUGUGGACCAAAUAAUUACAGUAAUGCAAGCCUCUCGCUACAGUUGACAAUUUCACUAGCUACGUAAAUGUCAUAAUGACAAUUCCUACUUUGCGAAAAUUCCAAUCUUGAUGCUAUUGAAGCUACUUCUGGUCCUGGAAAGGGAACCAAACUAUUAGUUUCUA